AGCGCGUGCCCCCUCCCUGCGGCAGACCACGGCACACAUUGAACAGCAAGACUCCUGCGAACGCACGGCGGCCGAUUCAUUGUCAGCGGCCAAUCAGAAGGAUACCAGUGGAGCACUCCCAGCACAGCCCUCGGCAAAACGAGAAGAUCUCCUGCAGUUCUUGCCCGAAAUGUGUCCGUCCUGCGUCAUGGUGGCGAAAGAACAGCAGAUUUCUCGGCAAUGGAGCCGAUUGACUCAUCGCCGAGUGACGAGAUGACGACGCUGGCUCGUCCGAGAUGUGUGGCGCCCCGGGGACUCUCCCGCGCCUUCAGCACUUACACGCUGACCAUCAAAACCACCCUCCCGGGCGACUUCUACGGCUUCCUGUACGGGUCCCCUCACCUGCUCACCGCGUCCGUGACGGGCCAUUCACUGCGACCGGACGGCCAUCUGGUGAAGGGCUCAGCGCUCAAAAAGGCCUGCGAAGCCGAAGAGUGGUACGGUCGAGAAUGGCACGCGGAGUUAUCUGGCAAUCCGCCCGGCUUCCGCAAGUACCUGCUGUCGAAGGUGGAGGCCGGUGAUCCGGUGGACGACGUGCGCGUCGGUAGCUCUUAUUCGAAUUAUGGCUUUGCACAUUCGCCCGCUUACCCAUGGGAUGAGACCUUUGCUAAGUAG